AUGGCGAAUGCGAGUAUCAAAUCGACUGUUGCACGAAUUCAAAAAUGCAAUUAUAACGAUCUGGAGGAGUUGAAGAAGGUCAAGAUUCCAAAUGGCGAACAGGAAAGCGUUCUGAAAGCCAUCGAAAAGAUACAUAAACGAAGAGAGGUUCGGUUUGAUAUUUUUUAUAAAUUGGACUGAUAUCCAAAUGUUUUAAACUAAAAUCCUUAAAAUUACACAUUCCAUUCUAGAGCCACAUUCCAGCGUAAUUCCACUCUUUUUUGAGCUGAAAAUUAGAUUGGAACCCGAAAAUGUCAUCUUAUUUUAGGAGGACCCGAUUGCCGCCGAGCGCGGAACUGAUUUGUUUUUUGAAUUAAUUCAAUUAGAUACCCACUUGCGUCAAUCCGUUUUUUGAAAUGCUUAAAAGGAAAAUGAUGUGUUUCAACACGAAAUUCAACAGAACUUUAGAUGUUCACAAAUAUGAUAUUUUUCAGCACCGCCUGGAAUCGGAGGAGCAGCCAAAAAAUGAGUUCGACGCGCUUUUAGCUCUUUUCAACGAAGGAAAACCCUUGAAGUGCGUCAGGAUGCCGAAAAGAGAACAACGUUUUGUGCAAAUGUAUUUAGACGACAAUAACAUUAAUUAACUAGUUCUUUCUCGUAAUUUUCUACCGCGGUAGCUACCGCCUUCCCUCUGUCGGAUCUGUCCGAUGUUACGUGCCAAAUCGAUAGUUUUAUCUGAUUUUAUCUGUGUUCCUCUCUUUCUCUGAUACUCAUUCUGUAUUUUUGCGACCCAAAAUAAUAAAGAUGGUAGAAAAAGGUGUUGUUUGGCAAAGGACGGAGACGCGACAAAGGCGGCCUCAAAAAACCUGCCCAUUCGACUUUGUGAUUGCAAUUGUUCGGACGUCGAAAGUAAUGGAACUUUCACUUUUUGGAUACUUUUGAAUUUGUUCGGCUCUGAUGUUAUUUUCAAGUUAUUUCUAAUUCAUAUUUCAGUGAGUUUCUUCGUAAAUGUAUUAUUCCAAUUUUUUUUCUACGCGAUUUUUUCACUGAUUUUUAUUUUCUAGAGCCUGGAACUACAUUUGAAAGAACAUGCAAAUUUGAAAAGGGAAAAGGAAGAAGAACGUGAAAAGGAAGUAAAAACCUCAAAAAUUUCCAUAACUUUCACUUCCUCCCUGCCAAACGGAAAACGACGGCAUUUCCAUUGCGUGACCUCUUGUCGAACAGAUAAUCUUGGCAAAUUGCCAAGAUUAUCCCUUCCGCUUCCCUUUUCUCUCCGAUUCUUCUCCUACUUCACUCUUUCCUUCAAGCUUUUGUGUUCAAAGAAACAAAUUUUGUCAGACUCGGCCCCUUUUUGGUGUCUUCUUCUGAAGUGCGUCAUUCUCGAAAAAAAGAGAAGCUUGUGACGCGCCCAAAAAUGCUCAUCGAACUGCUCAUUUUGGUGCUCCCCAUCUACAGUAAUCCUAUUGCGCCGUCGCUAAAAACGGAAGAGCUUCAGGUAAUCCAAAUGUACACUAUUAUACGACAAAUUGCGAUUUUCAGGAAGUGAAACCCGAUUAUAAAGUGAUAAAGUAUACAUACACCCGAGAUAAUGAUACUGACGUCAUGGACCAAGAACUGCCCAACUUGCAGGUCAGAUAGAGUAUCUUUUGAUGGUUUCAUAAUAUUUCUUCAAUUUCAGAUCAUUCCCCUGGAUUUCCUAUGUGAAUUCUGUCAAGUUGUCAUCUUAAAGCUCAAGGAGAGACAGGCAACAGAACCGGAUUUCGAGCAGGUAAGGAAAAUGUAUAUUGUUGGUUGGCAACAAGGUUGAUCUGAAAAUAUCAGUGUACAUACGUUUUUGUAAACUUUGUUCAACUGCAGAGUCGUAGAGCAUGAAAAAAGCUAGCGAUUCGUUUUUUAAGUGUCAGAAAAUAUUUCAAAUUGAACGAGAUACGGUAGAGCAAAGUCUUAGGCCAAUUUUCAAUGUUUUUCAAUUUCCAAUAAACCAUUUAAUAGCCUAAUUUUUUAGACAAUCAAAGCGGAAUGCCAGAACUCGACAGACGACUCGAGCAGCCUGUGCGACGUCAUCAAUCGCGUCAAUCUUGAUCGUUUGAAGAACGACGAUCCGAAGGAGAUUUGUCAGAGCCAGAAUAUGUGCAACGGAGUUUCAAUCGAAGGAUCCGGAGCAGUGGGACCGCCAGCCACGUCACCAGAACACGGGAUUGCCACCGGAAAAGUGGAGGAAGAAGACGUCGGGAAGCAUUUGACUGUGGACGAGAAGGAUGUGAAUGCCACGCUUCACGUCGAGGAUAUCGCUCCGUAUUGA